AUGGAGGCCUGCCUACAAAAGUUUGAGACGACCAUGGGCUCUGCACCGACCACGCCCACCUCGUCCGAGCAAGUUACUACUCGCCGCGUUGCGCACUGGGAUAGCAAGCGCGAGAAGUGCAACAACUGCGAGCUUAUCUACCUCAAAACGCUCAGCCAGCACUUGGGCUUCUGCUCCGUGGACUGCAAGUCCAAUAUGGUGUAUCUUCAGAAGGUCAACCGUGCGAUCCGCGCCAUGAAGGACGCGGUGGACGAGCGCCAACGCGUCCAAGAGCAAGAAGUCCGCGAGGAGCCGGUGACGCAGCAAGCGCCUCAGCCGCACGCGCAGUCGUUUGCUGAGUUUGGUCUCGAGACCCGUGUGCUGGACGCCAGCAACGUCGAAUGGUCUUUCAGCGCCAUGUAUUAA